UUUCUCCAUGUUUUUGUCCAUAUUUAAGCCAUGUUCGCUUGGAGUUUGGGUUAGAGUUGGGGUUUGGGUUAGGAUGUCAUUUUCAUAUAACAAAAAGUUGUUCUAACCCUAAACCCAAGCGAAAAUGGUAAAAAAAGCAAAAAAAUUGAGAAACCAAUAAAUAAAACGACAAAAAAAGAUGCACCGUUUAAGUGAAUGGGAAGGACUGGCGUAUCAUAUGCACGCCAAAGUGGAAUUUGGCGUAUGUAUUGCACGAUUUUUACACUUCGUGCUAUUUAUACGCAACUCCGUGAGACUGGGCUGGAAAUUAACAACACCUAUAAAACUUCUCUCUCAAAGCGAAUAAAUGUAAUUUGUUGCUAAAAUGCCUUCUGUUUUUUACCUGAAACUAUAGUUAACCUUUGCUUAGGCUCUCUAAGACAGAGGCUACAUUAGAGUACAAUGCAUUGUCAUCUUUUAGUGCCCUGUCUCUUUCUCAGCAGCGUCUGCCCUAAGUCCAUCCGAAUGACAAUAGUGUUUAUGUAAAAUGUGCUGCCUUUGGGCCACUGGGGCAUAGAAAACUGCAUGCCUGGCCCUGCAACACCAGCUUUUAUGGCUUUUUACUGUGUUUCCUUUGUGUUGCAUCGUCACAAGGCGAAGACGCUAUCAUCAAAAUUCUCCAAGACUUCUCGAUGCGCGUUGCAUGCACAUGUAUCCGAUACAAUUAGUUCAGGCAUGCCAUGCUUAAAAGUGAAGCCAGCUACACCAGGCCCGAUUUACCACACCGUCUGCCACAGAUGGACUUCCUUGACAUUAAAAUAGACAGUAUUGAUCUUAAUAAGACAAAUCCAUCUCUCUAAAACUCCAAUCCCCACACCCUUUUAUUCCUAUUCCCUCCCUGCCUCCUUUCUCUCUCUCUUUCACUCUCUGCUGUCUUUUUCUUUCUUUCUUUGCUACAUUACCAGGGGGUGGUGCAUGAUUGACAGAUGGGCAGGAAUAAUAAUUUUUUUUGCGUAACCUAAGGCCAUGCUCUGUGAUUGGCUUGCCAGCUGACAUCUCCAAACCUCGCUUGUCGUUUUUCCCCCCUCUCUCCCUCUCUAAUAUUGGCCCUGAUGAUCCUAAGGGGAAAAAGUGGGGAGAGAAAAAGAUAUGUACCUUAGGGAAGAACCUUAGUGAGAGGGAGGGAAUCAGAAGACGGGUAGGAGCGUGUGUGCGAGUGUGUGAAAGAGACACUUACUCUCUUAACUACUGGGAGACAGGCACACUUUCCUUACCCAAGUCAAGGAAGCAGCAAAGCCAGGAGAAUUUUUUGGGGGGGCUUCCUUUCAUAUUUCACCCAAUUACUUUGAAUCAUCAAUCUACUGGAACUUAAUUUUUAGGAAUUCUAUGCGUUGAUCAAUAGACAUUUCCAUCCACACAAGACACCUCAUGGAUUUGUACCUGGUUGGAUAUCUCAUGUGGAUGUGGUUGUCCAGUUCUCGGGUGCUUGGAGGCUAUCCCAUCUGGUGGUCCCUGGCCCUGGGGCAGCAGUACUCAUCUCUGGGAUCUCAACCCAUCCUGUGUGGCUCUAUACCUGGCUUGGUGCCCAAACAACUGCGAUUCUGCCGCAAUUACAUUGAGAUCAUGCCCAGUGUAGCAGAGGGAGUCAAACUGGGAAUCCAGGAGUGUCAGCACCAGUUCCGUGGCCGCAGAUGGAACUGCACCACUAUCAAAGACAAGCUAGCCAUAUUUGGUCCAGUACUUGAUAAAGCUACAAGGGAAUCUGCAUUUGUUCAUGCCAUUGCAUCAGCUGGAGUGGCAUAUGCAGUCACCCGCUCAUGUGCAGAGGGGUCGUCCACAAUGUGUGGCUGUGACUCCCAUCAUAAAGGCCCACCGGGAGAGGGAUGGAAGUGGGGAGGAUGCAGUGAGGAUGCUGAGUUUGGGGUCCUUGUGUCUCGGGAGUUUGCUGAUGCUCGCGAGAACCGACCAGAUGCUCGGUCUGCCAUGAACAGGCACAACAAUGAGGCAGGACGGAUGACUAUCCUGGAAAACAUGCACCUGCGCUGUAAGUGCCACGGACUAUCAGGCAGCUGUGAGGUGAAGACCUGCUGGUGGGCUCAGCCUGAUUUCAGGCUGUUAGGCGACUACCUUAAAGACAAGUAUGACAGUGCCUCCGAGAUGGUGGUGGAGAAACACCGGGAAUCUCGGGGCUGGGUGGAGACACUACGUGCAAAAUAUGCAUUCUUCAAACACCCCACUGAGCGAGACCUGGUCUACUAUGAGGGAUCGCCCAACUUUUGCGAGCCUAACCCAGAAACGGGGUCAUUUGGCACCCGCGACCGUGUCUGCAACGUGUCCUCGCAUGGCAUCGAGGGCUGCGACUUGUUGUGCUGUGGGCGUGGUCAUAACACACGGACAGAGAAACGCAAAGAGAAAUGCCACUGCAUCUUUCACUGGUGCUGCUACGUCAGUUGCCAGGAGUGCGUGAGAGUUUACGAUGUGCACACGUGUAAAUAAAAGCAGGAGGUGGACGACAACAAGGACUUGUGGACAUUAAAGAGAGAGUAAAGGAGAGGCAUAAAAAAGCAGACAACAUACACACACACACUCACUAUGGUGUAUUAUCAUGAUACACCGAUAGCAGUGGCACUUCUGUACUAGAACUCUUUACUAAUGUGCCCGAUUUUCAUCUCCAUGCCCAAAAAGCGUCAAAAGCUUGUUGGCGAUGCUCAUGUGUUUACUACUGCCGUUCUUCUGAAAUGUCUGGGCUCUUCCCCUACUGUUCGCUGUUAUCAUUCAGAUGUCUUUAACUGUAACACCAUCUCUCUGAUCAUCUCGCCCUACAGCCCAGAGGCUGAAACAGGAUCAGUCCACCUCUGAUUACUUACACACACUGACACUAAUCAUGCAUGAAAGAACAUAAAAAGAAGAGAAAGGGGGACGAGAAAGUCCUGGUUAACUACUGAAAGCUGGGCCUAUUACAUGCCCUGUUAUAUUACUACUGAAUCCAAUGCAAUGCCUGUGAUUUUUCCAUGGUCUCCUUAGGUUUCCACAAGGAAACUUGCACUCUCCAACAUGGGUCAGUACUUGAGGCAAGCACAGAAGUGACAAGAGCUCUCCAACAGGUUUCUACAGAAACAGAAAAUGAAAUUUUCAACCAAGCAUUGGGUCAAAAGUGACAAACCCAACCCAAAAUGCUUGUUUCAACACAAAAUGUUGGGUUGUUUUAACCUAUUGUUGUGUCAAAUUUAUUUUUUUCUGAGUUAAUUUAACCCAAGAGCUGAGUUCGUCCCUUUUUGACCCAACGCUGGGUUGAAAAUAGUCCACCAUUUUUUUGGGAGUGUAUCGUUUAUGUUUAACAUGAUGAACAUUUUGCUGUUUGCUACAUUUAAAACUCAUGGGUGACACUUUGCAAUAAGGUUGUAUUAGUUCACAUUGAUAAAUGCUUUAGCUAACAUAAACUAACGAUGAACUAACAAUGAACAAUAGAGUUUUUCAACAUUUAUUAAUUUUUGUUAAAGGAACAGUAUGUAAGAAAUAUAUUUAAAUUAAUCAUAAAAUGGCCCUGAUAUGUCACUAGACAUUAAGAAAUCAUUUUCAUUUCAAAUACUUAUAUCACUGACAACAGUGGUCCGGCCAGCAUAUUGUCAUUUAAAAAGUGGAGUUGCAGCCCUCAACUGAUGUUUAUGUUGUCAUGUUGUGUAUUGGCCACCAGUUGUGUGAUUGCAGUACCAGUUUUACCCACAAGUUUUAUGAUUGCAAUACCAGUUUUGGCCACAAUCCUACAUACUGUUCCUUUAAUGUUAGUUAAUGCCAAUAUAAUUGCUUAUUCAUUUGUUUGUUCAUUGUACAUUAACUACAGGGAGUGCAGAAUUAUUAGGCAAGUUGUAUUUUUGAGGAUUACUUUUGUUAUUGUACAACUACAGUGCUCUUGGUCAAUUCAAAAUGUUAACAAACCCUCAAACCUGAACA